UGGAUAGAAGGAAUAUUGGAAACAAAAUUUAUCUUUAAGUCAUUCAAAUUAGAAAAGCUAUAUUUUUGAAGAAUAGCCCGUAGCCCAUACCCUGUUUAGCCAUCUGGCCAUCCUCUGGCGAUACACGAUGAAAGUUUAAUACUCACUACUGGCACCAUUUCCUUUUCCGCUGCCACUUCGUCGUGUGUGGUGUUCCUGUCCUUAAAACGUGAUCCUUGAUCCAGCAAGAUGGUCAGGGAGGACAGGAGAAAGUGGAAGGAGAACUACUUCAGCAAGCUCUCUGCUUGUCUAGAUGAAUAUCCCAAGUGCUUCAUUGUGGGCGCAGACAAUGUCGGCUCAAAGCAGAUGCAGCAGAUCCGCAUCGCUCUGCGUGGUACCGCCACUGUGGUCAUGGGCAAAAACACCAUGAUGCGCAAGGUCAUCCGCGGCAAGCUGGACUCCAACCCUCACCUGGAGAAGCUUCUCCCUCACAUCGUGGAGAACGUCGGCUUCGUCUUCACCAAGGAAGACCUGAGUGAAGUUCGUGAGAAGCUUCUCAGCAACAAGGUGAAAGCUCCGGCUCGUGUUGGAGCGAUCGCGCCCCUGGACGUCGUCGUGCCCGCCCAGAACACCGGCCUGGGUCCCGAGAAGACCUCGUUCUUCCAGGCCCUGUCUAUCGCCACCAAGAUCUCCAAGGGUACCAUUGAAAUCAUCAACGACGUGAACCUGAUCAAUGAGGGCGACAAGGUGGGCAACUCCGAGGCGACCCUGCUCAACAUGCUGGGCAUCUCUCCGUUCUCGUACGGACUGGUGGUGAAGAAGGUAUACGACUCGGGCACCGUCUUCGACCCGAAGGUGCUCGACCUUACCGACGACGACCUGAUCGCUGCCUUCGUGAAGGGCGUGCGCAAUGUGGCCGCUGUGUCGCUGACCAUCGGCGUGCCCACGGCCGCCUCCGUGCCGCACAGCAUCAUCAACGGCUUCAAGGACCUGCUGGCCAUCGCCGCCGAGACCGACAUCACCUUCAAGGAGGCUGAGAAGGUCAAGGAGUACCUGGCCGACCCCAGCAAGUUCGCGGUGGCCGCUGCCCCUGUGGCCGCCGAGACCAAGGAGGCCGCCGCUCCGGCCAAGGUCGAGGAGCCCGAGGAGUCUGAGGACGACGACAUGGGCUUCGGCCUGUUCGACUAAGUCGAAUCGCUUCCGAGACGGCAUGGUCUGCGCCCGAUGUCAGUACUUGGGACGGGACCUUCGGCUCGCAUAUCUGGUGACCAUACCGGCCGCAGCUGAGGUUCUAAUAUAUUGACAUCGUGUAUAA